AGCAAGAUCCAGAGGAAGCACUAAAAUGGUGGAAGAUAUGCUCAAACUCUGACACAGAGUCAGGAGUAAGGGCAAUGAACACUCUGGCAUUAUUCUACUCAACACCGGACUAUGCUGAUAAAGAAAAGGCUUUCUCGUGGCAUGUUAAAGCAGCAGAGAAUGGCCACAAAGACUCCAUGGGGACACUCGGGCUAUUGUACAUGAGAGGAGAAGGAUGUCUAGAAGAUAGAGAACUAUCGUUGAAAUGGUUAAAGAAAUCCUCCGACAACGGAUCUAUAUACGGGUCCGGCUUACUUGCAAAUUAUUAUUACUCGACUAAAAUGUACAGCAAAGCCGUGGAAGUUGCACAAAGUGUUUGCGAUGACGUAGCAGCAAGCAGAGCAACUAAGAGUCAAAGUGUUACCAGUUUAAUAUCGGAAGGACUAGCUACUGCUCAUUUUAUAUAUGCACAAUGUCUAUUUCUGGGACAAGGAGUCACAAAAGAUGUUGAUAAAGCAGCAAUUGAAUACACAAAGGCCACUCAAACUAACAAGGUAGUAACUGCUCAGUUGCAUUCUAAAAUGAUGUAUGGAAGACUUUAAUCAUCAUCAUUAUUAUUAUAUCUAAUGAAUUAAUAUUGAAAAAUCAUAAUACUUAUUCUUGGCAAUUGAUACACACUA